AUGGAGAAAGCCGAAGAAAGGAACCAAACGCUCAUCUCAGAAUUCAUCCUUCUAGGAUUUGGGAAUGACCCUGAGCUGCAGCCCCUUCUCUUCCUCGUGUUUCUAGUGAUCUACCUUCUGACUUUGGCCGGAAACCUCCUCAUCCUUGCGCUAGUUGUGACUGAUCAGCACCUUCACACCCCCAUGUACUUCUUCCUGGGGAACUUGGCCUGCUUGGAGACCUGCUACAGCUCCGCCAUCCUGCCCCGGCUGCUGGCCAGUCUCCUGAGUGGAGACAGGAGCCUUUCUGUGAAGGGCUGCAUCGUGCAAUUGUAUUUCUUUGCUGUCAUGGCAACUACAGAAAAUCUGCUGCUCGCGGCCAUGUCGUACGACCGGUAUCUCGCCAUCUGCCACCCCCUCCGCUACGCAGUGCUGAUGAACGGCCGGGUUUGCAUGAAACUAGUGGCAGGGUCCUGGAUAAGCAGCUUUCUGGGCAUCGCCAUAGUAAAUAAUUUCUUGUUCCAAUUAAGAUUCUGUGAUUUCAAAGAAAUUGACCAUUUCUUCUGUGACAUUUCCCCCUUGCUAAAGGUCUCCUGCGAUGACACCCAGACUCUGCAAAUUCUUUCAUUUAUUGUCGCUGCUGUAGGGACACUUGUGCCCUGUCUACUGACCCUGGCAUCCUACGUGUGUAUCAUCACCGCCAUCCUGAGGAUCCCGUCCGCCUCCGGGAGGAGAAAGGCCUUUUCCACCUGCUCCUCCCACCUCAUUGUGGUGACACUUUACUACAUGACCCUGGUCACUGUCUAUGUGGUUCCAACAGCCAGCACUCCCUAUGUCCUACAAAAGGUACUCUCGGUCUUCUACACGGUCCUGACUCCCAUGAUCAACCCCGUCAUCUACUGCCUGCGAAACAAGGAGGUGAACGACUCCCUGGAGAAAGCUGUUCAUAAGCUGGUUUCUUGCAGCAACAGGCGUGGAAUCCAACAAGACAAAUUUUAG